AUCACCUCCAGAUGCUCGCGGAGCACUUCAUCGCCUCGACAGGCGUGCCCGCAAAGGCGCCUGGUCCGAACGUCGCCAAAGAUGCGGCCAUCUUCCUGCACGAAUUUCAACCGCUGGCAGCCCAGCGAUCCAUCUUCAAAAAGUCCGCGACGCCGCCCAACUGCUUGGCGGUCAGCGAAAGCCACAUCUUCGCUGCACAAGCCGACAAAGGUGUCGUCCACGUCUACAAUCGACUGAAAGGCAAUCAGGAGGCCAUUGUACCAUUCACUGAAAAGCUCGCAUCGAUCACUCUGGCAUGCGACGAUUCGGUGUUGGUAUUGGGCACCGCUGAAGGUAGGAUCUUCCUGUGGGAGACUUGCACGGGCAGACAGAUCACAACGAGUCAAGCCCAUCUCCAGGCUGUGACCGCGCUGGCUGUGGAUGCGAGCUCAAAUUUUCUGCUUUCGGCUUCCAAAGACUCGACUGUUCACGUUUGGUCACUACCAGCUCUGCUAUCCUUCUCUACGACAUCAGCCGUCUCUCCGCUGCGCACAUUCUCGUCACAUCGAUCUGAGAUCACGUCUUUGACGUUGGGCAAUGGCGCGUCAAAUUGCAACUUUGUCGUCUCGAUAUCCAAAGACAAAAGCUGCCUGGUGUGGGACUAUCACAACAACAAUCUCCUCAGAACGUAUCUGCUACCUGGAGUUCCGCUUUGCCUGGCUUUGGAUCCGGCUGAUCGAGCAGCGUUUGUUGGAUACGAAGACGGCACUUUGCAACAGCUCGACCUUCACACCUCCUCGAACGGCGCGCUCGAUGCCAUUCAAAACGGCUCCAACCCAACAGAGCCAGUGCAACCACCGGCAUCCACUCGGUGGAAGCUUCCUGAAUCCACGCACGGUGCCGCAUUGAGCUUAAGCAUCUCUUUCGACGGCAGCACGGCCAUCUCUGGUCAUCAGUCUGGGACAAUUCUCGCAUGGGACGUGCCUCGUGGAAGCUUCGUCUCCACGCAAACACAACUACCACUGCCAGGGCCCGUCAGCAAUGUCCAAUUUCUACCAGUGACCGGAUUUGCUGCUCGAGACCAGAGAACGACGAAAAUAAACGAGAUUGUAAAACCAAAAUUCGGCGCAUUCGACAGCUCUGACAGAGACAGUGUGCCCGGCAACUACACUCUGCAAGUUCAGUUCCCGACCGACAUUGCUUCUACAAACGCUACGAAGCAGAACAACAGCUUUUUGGACGCUCUGACUGCGCCAGCUUUUCCGCUGGCGUUGCUAGACGAAGGCCUCAAUGAGUUGGCAUCGUGGAAGAAGAGUCCAAGCACACAUGCGAAUGGCGCAGCAAAUCUUGAAGCAUUGAGAAGAGUGCAGCAAAAGAGUCUGCAGAAGAUUGUGGCUCUCAGUGAUGAAAAUAGUAUCCUUCAAAAGCGAGGUCAGCAGAAUAGCGGCGCAUCCGAUGCUACAAGUGAGGAAGAAAGCUCAAGCGAGGACGAUUCGGACUGA